GUCACUUGGUUGGUGUCUGAAGGUGUGAGAACAAUUUUAGACUGCAGAGUCUUGAAGAAUUUAGAAGAAAACCCUGUCUCUGCCUAGGGAUCUAGACAGAAGUGUGAGGAGUCAAGACAGACAGACACAGGAUCACAGCAACUAUGGCCUCAUCAGUCCUGGAGAUGAUAAAGGAGGAGGUGACCUGUCCUCUCUGUCUGGAGCUCCUGAAGGAACCCGUGAGUGCUGAUUGCAACCAUAGCUUCUGCCGAGCCUGCAUCACACCGAACUAUGAGUCCAACAGAAACACAGAAGGGCAGGGCAGCUGCCCUGUGUGCCGAGUUCGUUACCUGUUUAGGAACCUGAGGCCUAAUCGACAUGUGGCCAAGAUAGUUGAGAGUCUCAAGGGGUUCAAGUCCAUUCCAGAGAAGGAGCAAAAGGUGAAUGUCUGUACACAACAUGGAGAGAAACUCCAGCUCUUCUGUACGAAGGAGAUGAGAGCCAUCUGUUGGGUUUGUGAGAGAUCUCAGGACCACCGUGGUCACCAGACAGCUCUCAUUGAAGAGCUGGACCAUGAGUACAAGAGGAAGCUGCAGGAUGCUCUGCAAAAGCUGAUGGAAAAAGAGAAAACAUGUGAUGAAUGGCAAGAUGACGUUCAACAGCAGAGAACUUACUGGGAGACUCAAAUACAGAGUGAUGUAGAAUAUAUUCAGAUGGAGUUUAAAUUACUAAGAGAGCUUCUGGACUCCAAGGAGAAUGAAAAGCUGCAGGAGUUGAAGAAAGAGAAGGAAGAUGUUGUGAAAAGGUUGGAAAGGUCUGAAAAUGAGCUGGUGCAGAGGAGGCAGUGGGUGAGAGACCUCAUCUCAUAUAUGCAGCAUCAGUUGAAGUUCUCAACCAUGGACAUGCAGCAGAUAUGGAGGUCAAUUUUUAUUUCUAGGAGUCAGACCUUGAAACUGAAACAGCCGCAACCUAUCCCAAAAAGAAGAAGAAGAAUGUUCCAAGCUCAGGAUAUGAAAGGCAUGCUGCAAGCAUAUCUAGGGCUCAUGGAUCUCCGGCAAUACUGGGUUCAUAUGAAUCUACAUGCAAACAACCAUGCAGUCAUUGCCGUUAAUAAAGAAAAAAGACAACUACAACAUACAAGUUACUAUAAAAGGAAUUUACGAAUUUCUGAGAUCUAUAACUUGAGUGUCCUGGGAUACCCAGCUAUCCACUCAGGAAAACAUUACUGGGAAGUAGAUGUGUCUAGAAAAAAUGCCUGGCUCCUGGGAGUAAAUGAUGGACUGUGUACUCAACCUCAACUUCAUUCUAUAACUGAAAUGAGCUUCAGUGCCAAAUGUAAUUCUAGUGUUGAACAACAUGGAAAUUGUCAGCCGAAAUAUGGCUACUGGGUUAUAGGAAUGAAGAAUAGGUCGGCCUCUGAUGAGUGUUUUGUUUCCCAUAAUUCCAGUGUCUCAGCUCUCUCUCUGCCUUGUCCUCCUACUCGUGUUGGAGUUUUCCUGGACCGGGAAGCUUGCACUCUCUCAUUUUAUGAUGUUUCUAACUUUGGAGCUCUUAUCUAUAGGUUCCAUAACCCUUUCUUCCCUGAUACACUCUAUCCAUAUUUUAAUCCUAUGGAAUGUUCAGAGCCAAUGACAGUAUGCAGGCCACCUUCUUCAAACUCUGUAGGAACACAGGUAAAAGAAUGA